GAAUAUAAAAUGGUGGAGAGCUAAACUGUUGUGACUUGUGAGUAUGAACCGUCUUCGUGUAGAAGGGUAGUAGCUCACAGUUUUCCUAUAAAACUUAGGUUUUGUGUUUUGUGUUUUGUGGAGUUGUUCCUUGCGUGUGUUUGCGUUGCCUCUUCUACAGUAACCAUGGGAGGAAAUUCUUUUGAUGAGGAUUGGGAGCUCACUUCCUCAGCUAAUGAAGUUCGAACAGUUGUGUUGGUCGGACGAACCGGCAAUGGUAAGAGUGCAACCGGUAAUAGUAUUCUUGGAAAGAAGGUCUUCAAGUCGAGAGCUAGCUCUGUUGGUGUAACCUCCUCCUGUGAAUCACACACUAUUGAACUGGAUGGACAAACUGUCAAUGUUAUUGACACUCCAGGAUUAUUUGAUAUUUCGGCUGGAUCUGAUUUUGUGGGUAAAGAAAUAGUUAAUUGCAUAAAUUUGGCUAAGGAUGGGAUCCAUGCCAUCAUUGUAGUGUUUUCGGUCAGAACACGCUUUUCUCAGGAAGAAGCAACUGCUCUACGUAGCUUGCAGACAUUAUUUGGAGACAAAAUUUAUGAUUACACAGUCGUUGUCUUCACUGGAGGGGAUGAAUUGGAAGAAGAAGAUCAGACGCUGGAAGAUUACUUAGGCUGCGACUGUCCAGAGCCUUUAAAGGAUCUUCUUUCUCUGUGUGAGAAUCGUCGUCUGCUUUUUGAUAACAAGACUAAGGAUGAAAGGAAGCGGUCUGAACAAGUUCAACAACUUUUCUCUUUCGUAAACAUGGUUCUAUCACAGAAUGGUGGGCGACCUUAUACAGAUGAUUUAUUUGCAGAACUGAAGAAAGGAGCACUGAAGCUGCAUAACCAACAAAGUCAGGUUAAUUCCUUGGAAGGACAUUCAAACAAGGAGAUAUUGGAGUAUAAAAAGCAAGCGAAGCAAGCAUAUGACGAUCAGCUUAAACGAAUUGCUGAGAUGGUUGAGUCAAAGUUGAGGGAUGCGACUUUGAGGCUUGAGCAACAAUUGGCAAAAGAGCAAGCUGCCAGACUCAAGGCAGAAGAGAAUGCAAAUUUAGCUCGAGUGAGAUCAGAUAAGGAAAUUCGUGAGCUGAGAAAACAUCUCGAGAGGGCACAUGAAGAACUACGCAAGCAUGGUGAAAAUCGUUGUGGCAUUCUAUAAUCGUAGCUCUGCUUCAAAUUUUCAGAGUAUUUUACUUUUCACCUUGAUCAUGACAUCAAAUAUUUGUUGCUUUGGUAAAGACUUAUGUGAAUGCCAUGAUUGUUUCAUAGUUAUGUUUA